CCUGAUAGAGAAUAGGUUUAACGACAACACAGGAUGCCUGCAGACGGGCUUCUUCAGUCAAAAGGAUAUAGAUUACUAAUAGUAUAUGCUUUAGAGUAUAGCCACUGAUGUUCAUUCAUUGUGGUACCAGCAGACUGUCAGCAAGAGAAAAGGAAAAUUAAGACGCAAAAUGGUAAUAUCUCCAUUUGUAAUGCUUUUCUGGAUUGUUUUAUUAUUAGUAUCACAUGGAACAUCACAAGAUUUGCAUGGUGAAGUUCUCUGUUUGAACAAGGUUUGUUAUUCUGUUCACUUGGCUAAAAUUAGCUUUAAUAAAGCACAACAAAACUGCAAAAAUGAUGGAGGAAACCUGGUGACAAUAAAGACCAAGGAAGAAGCAGAGCAUCUGGGGAAUUUGCUUAUGGAACUGCAAAAAAGUUCCCUAUUGAAUGGUCCAAUGAAUCUUUGGAUUGGGCUUCAGCUGAAGCAAUGUGUUGUUGAUGAUAAUCUCCUUAAAGGAUUUUCAUGGAUAUCAGAAGAUCAGGACCCUAAAGAGGAUCAGUUCUCAAACUGGCUGCAAACUCCUAAGCGCACAUGUACUGCAAACAGAUGUGUAGCUCUGAACUUUCACCUCUCCUCUACUGAUAAUUACAAAUGGUCUGAUAAAAGUUGUGCAAAUCCUGCUGAUGGGUACCUCUGCAAAUUCCACUUCAAAGGUAUGUGCCAGAGGGUGGCUUUUGCAGGGCCAGGGAAAGUUGUGUAUACUACUCCAUUCAGUACCAGCAGUACCACUUUGACUUUAGUGCCACAUGGGUCAAUGGCUAUUAUUUCUUGUGAUAACAAUAAUGGGAAACAUCAGCUAAUUUGCACAGAACAAACAGAAUACAAAUUUGGGUGGAACUUACCUGGACCAUUCUGUUUUUCUCCAGAAUUGGGCUGUGCACAUAAUAAUGGUGGAUGUGAACAUACUUGUAUUAAAAACCAGGAAAAUGGUUCUAUCAGGUGUGGCUGCAAAGAAGGCUAUGUUUUAGCAUCUGAUUUGGUUUCAUGUGUUUUGCACGACAAAUGUCAACCCAAUCCAUGUGAGCACAACUGCAUAAACCACUUAAACUUUUUUGAAUGCACAUGCCCUACAGGAUUUGUGCUUUCUGACAAUAAACUGAACUGCACAGAUAUAGAUGAAUGUCAAAACAAACCUUGUAACCAAACAUGCUCCAACAUUCCUGGGAGUUUUGUGUGUAAAUGUAAAGAAGGAUUCUCAUCACAAGACACAAGUUGCAUAGACUUGGAUGAAUGCAUCUACUCUCUGUGUGAACAUGGCUGCUUGAAUACAUAUGGCUCCUAUUACUGCACCUGUAAUGAAGGUUUUGUCAUAGGCCAAGAUAGACUUUCUUGCUUGGAUGUGGAUGAAUGCAAAAAUUCCCCAUGUGAGUCCCAGUGCCAUAACACCAAUGGGGGCUACAAAUGUUCAUGCCCUGAAGGAUAUUCAUUAUCAUCUGAUGGAAUCUCUUGUAACCAAGAUAAAGAGUCUGAUUACCCAACACCAUCUAUAAUUCCAACAAACAAUCAAAGUAGAGACAAAAUGCACCAUCCCACCCAAAGUUCAGACUUUCAAGAUUUGCCUAAAGUGGAAAAGCCAAAAGAAAGUAAUGGCUACCCAAAUACUACAAUGACUCCUAAGAUAGAGAGCUUUCCCGACAAUGACUCAGUGAAUCCUAUGCAAGGUGCUACAUCUGAUAAACAUAAGUUGGUCCUGCUAGUGAGUAUAGUGUGUGCAUGUAUAGUAUUAGUGCUUCUGGCUAUUGUAGCUGGAAUUUUGUGUUACAGAAGAAACACAUCACAGAAAAAUAAGAGUAAAUCACCUAAUGCAACUGAUAAUUAUAGCUGGGUUCCUGAUCAGUCAGACAAUAAAGCUGUAGCUAAUGAAUACAGUACUAUGAUGGCUAAAUGACAUAUACAUUUUCAUGUAAAAACUAUUGUGAGUUUAUCAUGGUUAGAAAAAAUAUAUAAAAGUUUUACUAAUCAUAGCAGUCACAUUUUAAUAAACUCUGAUAAAUGUGUUUUUUGUGUGUGGUUUGUAAACUUUUUCUAAUAUGAAAAAAUUGCACUCUUGUUGAUUAAAUGAAUUCAGUAGGUGGAACUACUUUACUUUUGUUGUACAAAUUGCUAAAGACCAAAAUAUUUUAUUCUAAAAUUACAAGUAACUUGACUUUCAGAAUUUUACUGCUUUGCUAAAAAAAAAAGAAGGCAUCCGUGAACCAUGGCUCACUGUGUUGCAGCUGUCUAAGACAGUCAAAUGACAAAUUCCUCUUUAGACCUCAGAAUAUUUUAGGAUAAUUUUAUAAAAAUGCUGCACUGCAGUAGUAUCACUGUUAUUAACACUGUAUGUAUUAUGUUCCACUUUCCAAUUGAAAUAAAAAUUAAAUAUUUGGUAUAAA